AUGCUCUUCACUCAGACCUUUGCCAUCCUCGCCGCCGUCACCCCUGCCCUCGGCCUGCAGAUGUGGGACCGGUGCGACAACAAUAUCGGCGUAUGCGAUACGGUUGCUCACUGCAAUUACUACCACGGUAACGCCUCUCCGGGACUCUGCCCGGGACUUCCCAACAACGUUCAAUGCUGCUACGCCAAGUCGUGCUUUGACCCACGCGCUUGCCCCGUCAAGCCUAUCACAGGCCGUUGUCCGGGUGGCAGCAACAACCUUUACUGCCCCGGCUACAUGGCAUUCUGCAUGUCUCCCAAGGAGUGCGCUACAGCUGGCCCGGGUGCAACGGUGCUCAAUGGCUUCUGCCCCGGCGGGCAGGAUAACAAGCUGUGCAGGUGGAAGGCUUAG